GGGUCCACCGAGACGCCAGAGCCACCAAAGCUCCGCGAGCGUGCCCUGGCCGUCAUGGCGCGUCACCCUCCGUAACACUACGAAGAUGCCUGUCGACCAGCAGGAAGCACUCCUGUAUGGAGGUGCUGCUGCGCUGCGGCUCUUGCUGUCCACGGUCUUUCCCGGUCUCCCCAGUCUCCUUGCUGGCCGUGUCGAGGUGUCCACUCCAGUGACAAGUUUCAAGAGGUUACAAGAAGGUCUCUUCCUUUAUACCCACAAUGUCUCGCCAUACGACGGCGGCCUUUACCACCAGGCACCCCUCCUCCUGCCACUCUUCUCGCUGCUGCCGAAUCCCUCGUACCACCCAAUUGCUACAGACAUUGUCUUCACCGUCGUGGAUCUUUUGAGCGCAUAUGCCUUGGCGCAGGUCGCUGAAAGUGGGAGAGCUGCUGUCUCUAGGCUGUUCUCUUCUUCGAGGAAGGAGCUCCGGUGGAGCAGCACAGCGGUUGCCGCAGGUUUCCUCUUCAAUCCAUUCACUGUCCUGACAUGUCUUGCCCGCUCGACAUCGGCUCUCACAAACAUGUUCAUCCUGACAGCUAUGGCUAAGGCGUCCCAAGGAGCGAGCAUCACCUUCACACUCGCUCUGUCGUUCGCUGCAUACCUCGGCAUGCACCCUAUUCUGCUAUUCCCGCCGCUCCUCGUACUCUUAUACGAUGCUCGCGCGGCAAAGACCAAGUCGACACCCAAUGUCUGGUCGUUCACAGUCUCACACACACUGGGCUUGGCUUUCGUGAGCGGUACACUGCUUGCAGCAUCCGCCUCUUUGACAGGAUCCUGGGACUUCUUGGCGGCCACAUAUGGUGUGCGUCUUCUUUUGCCAGACCUCACACCAAACGUUGGGCUGUGGUGGUACUUCUUCAUUGAGAUGUUUGACUCCUUCCGCGAGUUCUUUCUUGGCGUUUUCUGGUUGCACGCAGCAUCAUACAUGCCUGGUCUCACCAUUCGACUGCACAAACAGCCACUGUUUGUUGCCUGUACUCUGACUGGCAUCUUUGCCGUCUUCACACCCUAUCCCAGUAUCGCAGAUGCCGCGUUGUAUUUGUCGCUGGUACCGUUGUUCCGCCAUCUGUUCCCUCUGAUGCGCUACACUUUCGUAGCAUCAGCGGCUGUACUAUACGCAUCGUUCCUUGGGCCAGCCUUCUACCACCUCUGGAUCUACGCUGGCUCUGGAAACGCCAACUUCUUCUACGCGAUUACCUUGGUAUGGAGUCUGGGUCUUUCAAUCAUCAUUGGAGAUUCCCUGUUCGCUGCUUUGCGAGAUGAGCUGGAUGUGGAGCGGCCUGAGCUGAAGGGGAAGGAUGUUCGAAGAAUAUAGAAGCUACAUAUUGCGCAAAGUCACAAAUACAUGUUCAUCGAUACAAACUUCCGCGAAAAGCUCAGGAUGUGUAACAUGACAGUUCUAAGGGUAAUAACGCUGGUAGCUACCUGGCCUAGCAGUACCGUUUGCAAGUCAGUACAAGCUAAGCAGAAGCGUCUAUUUAACCUGCCUUCACUCUACCCUACGGUCUCUCACCGU